GCCCGGUAUAUCAUUUUGUCCACAAACUUGACGUCUGUUGUCAAACACGACUCUAUAUUAAAGGAAUUGCAGAAAAUGUUUGUGUUUUUGCUCGAAUCGGAGCGCAAAGCGUAUAACCCAAAGAGCUUUUGCAAAGUCUAUACUAUGGAUCACCAGCCGCUCAAUACUGGAGAACAGAAAGACAUGACUGAGUUCUUCACUGAUCUCAUUAGUAAACUCGAAGAAAUGACUCAAGAAUUGAAGGAUUUGGUGAAACGCCUAUUCAGUGGCUCCUUAUCUAACAAUGUGGUGUCACUCGACUGCCCACAUAUCUCACAAACCACUGAAGAGUUCUACACAUUGAGGUGUCAGGUGUCGGACAUGAGAAACUUGAAUGAAUCGCUCGAUGAGAUUACUGUGAAGGAUACGCUCGAAGGCGACAAUAUGUACAAUUGUUCCCGUUGUGGACGCAAAGUUCGGGCCGAGAAGAGGGCUUGUAUUAAGAAAUUGCCAAAAAUCUUGUGUUUUAAUACAAUGCGCUAUACUUUCAAUAUGGUUACAAUGACUAAGGAGAAGGUGAACACACACUUCUCGUUUCCCUAUCAGUUAGAUAUGGCUCCAUAUUUGGAGAAGAAUCUCAUUAAAGCCAAAGGCAAGGAUACAGACUAUAAGUCUGGUUCGGAUGAGAUGAUGGCCACCGAUCAAGAGUCGGGCACAGGAGUAGUGGAGGGACUUUCGGAACCCGAGACCAGCACUGAAUACAUGCUGAUUGGCGUUACUGUUCACACGGGAACCGCUGACGGCGGACACUACUAUUCAUUCAUACGGGAGCGCGAAUCCAUUAGUCCCGGCGCUCAGGACAAGUGGUAUUUGUUUAAUGACGCCGAAGUGAAACCCUUUGAUAAAACACAAAUAGCGACCGAAUGUUUUGGUGGCGAAAUGACGAGCAAAACAUAUGAUCAGGUGACCGACAAGUUUAUGGACUUUUCGUUUGAGAAGACAAACUCUGCUUAUAUGCUAUUCUAUGAACGAAUUGAUAAGAAAGACUCGAUUCUCGAAGAGAAAGUGAUAUCAACUGUUCAAUUGGCACCCGAUUUGUCCGAAUGGAUAUGUGAUGACAACAUCUCGUUUUUGAGAGACAAGUCGAUCUUCGAGCACACGUACUUCGACUUCAUGUGGCAAAUAUGCGGUUAUAUCCCUCAGACUUUGCCCACCAAUCAAUCAUCACCUAAAGUGACUCUACUGUCUGCUCGAUUGGCCACAAGUUUUGUGUUGGAAACACUGAUUCACGCCAAAGAGAAACCAACGAUUGCUAAUUGGAUUGAAUUGUUGACAAAACAGUUUAAUUCGUCACAACAGGCGUGUGAAUGGCUUAUGGAUCACUUGGCAGAAGAUGAUUGGUGGCCAAUACAGAUACUGUUACGUUGUUCUAACCAAAUGGUGCGCCAACUGUUCCAACGUCUUUGCAUUCAUGUUAUCUCUCAACUCAAGCCAACACAAGCGCCUCUAUAUCUACAGCCUUUGAGCGACGAUAGCGACGACUCAAAUGACUUGGAAGUGCUCACACAUGUCGGCCGCUUUUCGUGUGUGACUCGGUUUAUACGCAAACUGUUGUCAUUAAUUAGUAUUGAGAAUCUGAACGCAAAGCCACACCUCAAACAUCUGACCGAAUAUUUUGCCUUUUUAUGUGAGUUUGCAAAACAAGGCGACGAAGAAUGCAAAUUCUUGUUAGCCGUUGAGGCCAUCUCUACUGUCGUGUCCUUCUAUAUGGGACUCUGCGGUAAGAGUGCUAACGAUUACGUAGAAGUGAUGUCUGAAGAUGAAGACGAUGAGGAAGAGGACGGCUAUAAUGACACUAACGGUCCGCCAAAUAAUCCCGGCUUUUCCGGCGCUCAUCCCUACAACCAAAAGAUGUCACACACUGUGGGACCCGUUAUGGACGACAAAUUCCCUAAACCCGCCUCUUUAGACAAAAUGAUUACAUUAGUGGCACUUCUUGUGGAGAAGUCUAGAGGCAAAGACAAUAGACUUCGGUUAUCAGAUCGAGACUAUGAGUCGAUUGCUAGCGGAAAGUCAUUCCCAUUUCUUCAGCAACAAAUCAGAGAUAACAUAAAUCUGAGGCAAACCUGUAAUUUGAUCUGUUCUUUGUGUCGAUGGAACGAUCACUUCUCACUCCUUAUCAUUAAUAUGAUGUUUACAUCAAUCACACGAAUUCCCGACUCAAGCGGUCCUUUCUUUAAGAUAUUAUCAAUGCUCGUAGAAAUCGGAAUAACCCCCGGUUUGCAACCAUUUUCAAACUUAAUAUUACCGCGAAUUUGGGAGAUUGCAGAGCAGACACCAUUGCAAACACUGGAAUGGCUUACAGGACAGGUUCCUCGCAAUAAAGUGGCCAAUGCUUGGGUCUUGCAAUCGAUGGAUUCGUGGAUCCUUUACUUUCUGGUCACGCACUCAAACAUGAGAGUUCGUUCAAAUGCGGCACAACUUCUCAUUUCAUUAGUUCCUAACAAUAGUUUUCGGCAAAACUAUCGGCCCUCCCGUCCCUUCCCAUACACAGGAGUCAAGGAAUAUGACUUCAGCAGUGAAGCCGUUAUAAUAGUCGAUCAAAUAUACAAUAUUUUGCUUCAAUUACUAAAGCGUGUCAAACAGUACGCCGACCCCCAAACACAUGGCACUCAAAAAUUGACCUCAUAUUUCAUAGUGUUGUCAUAUUGUCUGAUAUCUCAGCGCCAGAAACUACUACUUGUGCCAUACUUUAACGACUUGUGGAAUCUAUUUCAACCAAAACUUAGUGAACCGGCCAUUGCUAUCCACCAGAACAAACAGGCGCUCCUUAUGUACUGGUAUAUGGCGUGUCAGGACUGCCCCGAGAAUAUCAAAUGCAUUGUUCAGUCGCCUCACGUGACCAAAAAUAUAGCGUUUAACUAUAUUCUGGCCGAUCACGACGACCAGGAAGUGGUGUUUUUUAAUAAACUAAUGCUUCCCAACUAUUACGGUCUGCUCCGUCUGUGUUGCCAACAGUCCCGACCCUUUACUCGACACCUAGCGAUGCAUCAGAACAUUCAGUGGGCCUUCAAGAACAUCACACCCUAUAUCACUCAAUACCCAAUGGCUGUACAGGAGUUGUUAAAACUGAUGAAAAUUUUUGUCACCACAUAUCCCGACACUACUGAACAAGAGCUCAGAGAUAUUACACACUUUAAACGCAUAACAAUACAAAUGUAUUUGACUUCAGUGGACGCUCGCAGUUCAUGGCAGACAUUGAUCAGUGCUCUCUCUAUACUUUGCGAGACAGAAGAGGACCGUCUGUUUGUGUUGGCCAACAACGGACUGACGAUUGUGCUGAACAGAGCCACACAUUCAUUCCCGGGCCAUACUUUCCUCGUCGUGGACAACGAACCUUCGCGACCACUCUUUCAAAUGUGUUUCAAUCCAAAAAUGCUUGAAUGCGGAAAAGGCAUCGAUAAAGACUAUGACCGGGCGAUUGCCGACUACUUUGAGCCCUAUUAUCAAUUUAUUGACUCUAUAUGUCGGACAGCUAUCCAGAACUCAUUGGUUUCAAGCGAUUUGGUUGGCCUCUUGUUGACACAAGAACGACAUUUUCUCAACAAUGAGCUCACUUACCAACUCUUGAAACAGUAUUUACCGAAAGACUUAAGAGCUGUUUAUUUAGUAUUUAUGGUUCAAAUGCCUAACAAUUUAGGCGACGAUUUGUUGAAACAAUUUUGUGAAACACUGAAGAAAUUAAAGGAUAAGUGCGUUGAGAGGAGUAAAUGUGAAUCAGUUAGUCCAGUUAUGGAUCUCAUAAAUCUUAUGACGAUAUUUGAAGUGUUUAUACGAAAAUUCUCAUUUAUUACUCUUGUGGACAAGAGAUUGAAGCCAAUUGGUCUCAAUGUACAUAGAAUGCCUUUGAAAAACGAAAAUGGAUCCGUUAUUGCGACCAAAUCCGAAGAUAUCUCAGUGUUUGUGACUAAUUGUACGCGAAAUGAUAGCGAAUGUCGUUUCGUAAGGGGAACAUCACCUCUACUUAACAUCACAUUUAAAUCAUUGGCCGAUUCGCCUGAAAUAGAGAGGGGAAUCAUAGCGAAGAUGUAUAUGUCUUCGUUGGGAAAGUUUGUUCGGAUUCCUUAUGGAAAUACAAUCAAUCCGUGCAAUACUAUGUAUAGUUUGAAUCAAACUAUUCAACCAGAUAUUGAUGUCUCCAAUAAUACCAUUCCUUCGUCGUCUAACUGUCUGUCCGCUGACACCGAAUGUGUAUCAAGUGAUGUACAAAAUGAUAGUUCUGUGGCCGCACCCAACUGUCUGUCAAAUGGUAUCAAAGCUAAUCAUAUCUACAACUCAUUAUCACAAUUUGAUGUCUCCAAUGAUUUUCCUGAAGUGACUGGAAUUCAAGUUAUGGUUUUGUUUAGACAUAAAGUGGAUAACAGACGUGUGAGUAGUCUAAGAAAAUGGGACAAACACCCUGUUAAAUAG